GACUUUCACAGGCUGACAUCCAUCCACGGUUGUGUAAAGGUGUCCCGAACCGUAUAGCCAAAAUGAGAGUACUAAAAGCAGGUUUAACCUUAAGUCAACUACACUUAAAGAAACCUGGGACAUUGACUCUGAAACAGGUCCUGUUAAAUAGUUGUCGGUCAUGUUCGUCUGUCAUCAUCCCCAACGAGAGGAUACGCAACAUUGGCAUCUCUGCUCAUAUCGACUCGGGGAAGACCACACUCACCGAGCGGAUUUUGUACUACACUGGACGGAUAGCUGAAAUGCACGAAGUAAGGGGCAAGGACGGGGUCGGGGCUGUCAUGGACUCUAUGGAGCUGGAGAGACAGAGGGGCAUCACUAUUCAGUCAGCCGCCACGUACACCAUGUGGAAUCAACACAACAUCAACAUCAUUGAUACUCCAGGUCACGUGGACUUCACCAUCGAGGUGGAGCGCUCGCUGCGCGUGCUGGACGGAGCGGUUCUGGUUCUGUGCGCGGUGGGCGGGGUCCAGUGCCAGAGCAUGACGGUCAACAGGCAGAUGAAGCGCUACAACGUGCCCUUCCUCACCUUCAUCAACAAGCUGGACCGCGCCGGCGCCAACCCCUACCGGGCUCUGCAGCAGCUCAGGAGCAAGCUGAGCCACAACGCUGCGUUCGUGAACCUGCCCAUCGGCCUGGAGGGGAACCUGCGGGGCCUGGUGGACCUCAUCGAGGAGCGCAGCCUCUACUUCGAGGGGCCGUUUGGUCAGAGUAUCCGCUUUGAUGAGAUCCCGGCGGAGAUGCGUGCGGAGGCGGCUGACAGGCGGCAGGAGCUGGUGGAGUGUGUUGCCAACGCCGACGAGAUCCUGGGAGAGAUGUUUCUAGAAGAGAAGAUCCCCACCGUCGAUGACCUGAAGGCUGCUGUGCGUAGGGUCACUAUCCAGCGGACCUUCUCCCCUGUGCUGGUGGGCAGUGCCCUGAAGAACAAAGGGGUGCAGCCUCUCCUGGACGCCGUGCUGGACUACCUGCCCAACCCCACUGAGGUCAACAACUACGCGCUCCACAACGACGAGGAUUCAAGUGAAGCCACUAAAAUCCUGAUGGACCCCACCAGAGAUGCAUCUAAGCCUUUUGUGGGCCUGGCCUUCAAGCUGGAGGCGGGGCGCUUCGGUCAGCUGACGUACAUGCGUGUGUACCAGGGCUGCCUGAAGAAGGCCGAGUACAUCUACAACACGCGCACCAACAAGAAGAUCCGCGUGCAGAGGCUGGUCCGACUCCACGCAGGCGAGAUGGAGGAUGUGGAGGAGGUGUACGCGGGGGAUAUCUGUGCCCUGUUUGGCAUCGACUGUGCCAGCGGAGACACCUUCACCGCCCGCACCAGUGCUGACAUCUCCAUGGAAUCGAUUCAUGUGCCUGAUCCUGUGAUCUCCAUGUCCAUAAAACCCACCAACAAGAUCGACACGGAUAAGUUCUCCAAAGGCAUCAACCGCUUCACGCGGGAGGACCCCACCUUCAGGGUGCACUACGACCCCGAGAGCAAGGAGACCAUCAUCUCUGGCAUGGGGGAGCUGCACCUGGAGAUCUACUCCCAGAGGAUGGAGAGGGAGUAUGGCUGCCCGUGUGUGAUGGGCAAGCCCAAAGUGGCCUUCAGAGAGACCAUCACUGCACCUGUGCCGUUUGAGUUCACGCAUAAGAAGCAGUCCGGGGGCUCGGGCCAGUACGGUAAGGUCAUCGGCGUUCUGGAGCCGCUGGAAACGGAGAGCUACACUAAAGUGGAGUUUGACGACCGCACCAUUGGCACCAACAUCCCCAAGCAGUUCGUCCCGUCUGUGGAGAAGGGCUUCAGGGAGGCUUGUGAGAAAGGGCCUCUGACCGCACACAAGAUAUCCGGCGUGCGGUUUGUGCUGGACGAUGGAGCCAGUCACAUGGUCGACUCCAACGAGCUGUCCUUCAUCCGCGCGGGAGAAGGCGCUCUCAAGCAAGCUAUGGAGAACGCUCACGCCGUGAUCCUGGAGCCAAUCAUGUCGGUGGAGAUCGUCGCGCCCAAUGAGUUCCAGGGGCAGGUCAUCGCCGGGGUCAACCGUCGCCACGGCGUCAUCACAGGACAGGACGGCGCGGAGGAUUACUUCACUCUCUACGCGGAUGUCCCUCUGAACGACAUGUUCGGCUACUCCACCGAGCUGCGCUCCGGUACUGAGGGGAAGGGCGAGUACACGAUGGAGUUCAGCCGAUAUCAGCCCUGCCUGCCGGCCGUCCAGGAGGACCUCGUCAACAAGUACCUGGAGGCUACAGGACAGCUUCCUGCCAAGAAAGGCAAAUGGAAGAACUGAGUGCCCGAGGACACACACACACACACACACACACCAUACUGUCUAGGACAUAUUUGGGGGGUCUCCUUUCAAGCCUGGAUUGCCAGUGGCAGAUUCGACUGUAGUUUCAGCUCUUUCCUCUAGCAGUGAGGACAGUAGGGAUGUCGGUGCUGUGGAGUUCAGAUGUGUAUAUUUACGGUACAUGUUUCCUCUUCGUCCAUAUCUCCACCUGCCCUGCUGUCGUCUGUGUAAUGAAAAGCAUGAAACGUGUCCCAGGUUGCCAUUCGUUUUCCCAACAGAGCCAACAAGACAGCCACGGCCAUACUGUUUAGAUAACUGAGCUCAGACCGCGUGAGCUUGAGGUCAAAACGUCAUAACUAUUUCCCCCGACAAAGAUGUAUCCUUUUGCACCAACAGAGUAAUUUAUACAUUUUUAGACUUUCCUCUUUCAGGACUGUAUGACCCACACUUCCCACUGGACUGGACUAGUCUACAUCUAGUCACAGGGGUGGACAGGGCCACUGGACUAGACCAUGUCUGGUCAGAGGGGUGGAAACGAGGGCCUAUACAGUGAAUUGCUUUUGUACUGUGUACAGCGGAUUAUGAUGAUGAUGAUGAUGAUGAUGUAGUCUGUGUAAUUAAAAUGUUAAUUCUAUCACCGUUUGUGUGUCUUUAAUUAUGACUAAUAGUUCAUUACCAACUGUUACCAUUAACACUGAGAGGGUUCCGCAGUGUAGCCAGUUGGCGGCAUUCUCUGAAAAUAUUUUCUUAUCCGAACAACACUGGUAAUGUAGGCCUCUGUGAGUGAAUCAAUAUCAAAUCGAAUCAAAGCCUCGUGAAUUAUAAUCUAAUUAAAUCAGGAAGUCCAUGUACACAGCCACUAUAAAUAAGAAUGUGAUUUCAUCAUAGCUCCUUCAUUGAAGCUGUGUGGAGAUCUUCAAAUCGAACUUCACAUAUCUUAUGACGGCCUCUUACUGUUUCUAGGGCACCGUUUUGUUUAUCUAUCAAAACACACACAAACAGAUGUGAACUGAAUAU